GUGACAAGACGGAAAGUUUCUGCGAAGUGAGCUUAGGUUCUCAGGUGCGAGAGACCGGACGCUGUUGCGGCCAGAAGCCUCACUGGGACUCCUCCAUGCAGUUCUACAUCAAGAGUCUCAGCGACGACCGGCUCUGUAUCACACUUAUGCUCAAGGGAUACUUCCGACCUAACGAUUUCGUCGGUCGUGCAGAACUUCUCGUGCAGCGUUUGUGGCAAGAACAGAAAGCCAAGCAACAACAACAUCCCGUACCUCAAGUAAUUAAAGUGGCAUUGCAAGAAACAACCGCUAAAGAUGCAUACGUUGUCGUCAAAUAUUCCGUUAUUCUCUUUGAUAAACACAACUCAUGAUCUGUCGCUUCGACCCUCGUCCCACUCGGUUAUUAAUUUAUUUACAUUAUUUACAAGCAUUAUUUGUCUUACUGCUGCUCGGCUCCCGUCUCACUCGACAUAAUUUACCUCACUGCUGCUCGGCUACCGUCUCACUCGACAUAAUUUACCUCACUGCUGCUCGGCUCCCGUCUCACUCGACAUAAUUUACCUCACUGCUGCUCGGCUCCCGUCUCACUCGACAUAAUUUACCUCACUGCUGCUCGGCUACCUUCUCACUCGACAUAAUUUACCUCACUGCUGCUCGGCUACCGUCUCACUCGACAUAAUUUACCUCACUGCUGCUCGGCUCCCGUCUCAUUCGACAUAAUUAAUUUCUCGCCAACAUUUCUUGCCUUUUUUUGUCUCGAAAUAUCUACGUCAGCGUAUUAUGGAAAUGUUUGCCAAACUGCAGAGAAGUGCUUCUUCUCUUUACUGGUUUCGAGUCUGGGUUGCAUUGAAUUAAAUUAGUUGAAAGAUCCUACUGCAAUGCAAUCGAUUUGUACCUGCUGAGUUUCUAUUGAGAUGGUGAGAAGAAAUCUUUAGUUUCAAAUAAGGCACAUAAUUACUUAAUACCAAUACGGAUGUCUAACAAAGAUCUUCAUGUUGUUUGUGACUACUAGUAAAUUACAUAUUUUUUUACCUUGUUGCUGUUACGUAACAUUUUGUUGUUAUCGCUAAAAUUUUUGUUC